AUGUCCACCCUAUCCUCCAGUAUGGCGCCGGAUAACUCGUCCACCCCCGUCAUCUUUCACGAUCCGUGUUACUCGGAUCCCUACCUCUCCGCUCCAUUGGACCCCGAGCAGGAUUCCUUUGGCUCCUCCGCUAUUCGACUAACUCCGAACCCGGAUGAUCGUCCUUCAUCGCGCAAUCCCUCCCCGCCCCCUUUGAAUCUCGACACCUCGCCUUCCAACCACGAUGGUCACACCCCCUCCUACUCCGACUUUUUGAGUCCCUCCGACCUGUUGAGUCCCUCCGACCUCUCCAGCGAAUUCAGUACCCACACGCCCCCCAGUACCGACCACCUCUCCCCCCACAUGUCGGUCGGCAUGGCCUCCCCGCCUAUGACCAUGGAUCCGCUCCAGCUCCUCUCCCCCAACCUGUCCCACAACCACACCCCCUCGCCCGACCGAGCCCCGGUCAAGGGGCCGACCGGUGCUCCCGCCUUGCACUUCCCCCACUCCCUCUCCAUGGCCCCCAGCCCCGCCAGCGACGGUCGCAGCGCGCACGAUCCCCGCGCCGAUGUCCGCGGCCGCAGUCCCAUCGUCAAGGUCGAAAGUUAUUCGCGCGGGGACUCGCCCGUCCGCGGCGACCGCCGACCCAGCCAGUCCUUCACUCACCUGUCCCCCCACGGUGGGUCCGCCGAGCAUGACGAGGACGAGGACGACAACGAAGAUCACCACCACCAUAACGACGGCCCCGCCCCCGACGCGACCUCGGUCUUCCGCGGACACGAUGGCGCCUGGAUCCCCAACGACACCACCGGACAAGCCGGUGUGGACCCCACCCGCCGUACCGACGACGCCGUCCUCAGCCCGAGUCAGAUGGAGUUGCAGCGCCAGCUGGAGCAAAAGAAUGCCGACAUCCAAAUGUGGUCCGAAUCCGUCAGCGAGGCCGGCGACGAUCGGCCGCCCCUCGGCCGCGGCCGCCGACGCCACUCGGGCGUCCGACCCCGGGCCAAAAGCACGGGCGAUCGGACCCUCCAGCAGGAUUACUUCCAGCGGCACCCGCCUUAUCAGGGCGCGUCGGUCCCGGGGCCGGGGCUGCUGGUGCACGAGUCGGAGGAGGAGGAGGAUGAGGACAGUGAUGACGACUACUCGGAGUCGGAGAGCGGCAGUGCCGGGGUCGGCUCGCCGCCCGUGGCCGUCGACGAGGCCCGGUGGACCCAGGAACCCGAAUCCAUGGGGCCGGACGAGCCUGACGACGACGAGCCUUCACCCCACCAGUUCCUAGGGUCCCUCCCGUGGAAGGAUCCCGCGCACGACGCAACCCCCCGCGCCACGCGGGUCCAGCCGCCCACCUCCACCGCUGCCAUGGUCGAGUGGGAGCGCCGCGCCCGGGAGACCGACACCGCCUCGCGCGCGGCGACUUGGGGCACGAAACGGAUUAGCCAGUACGAUGCGGCCAGUGUCCUCGGGGCCGAGGCCUCCCUGGAGGGGCUGACGAUCAGCAAUGACCGGGGUGACAAAGCCAGGACACACAUUCGGCGCAACAGCCUGCUGAAGUUCCUGCAGAAACGGCCCAGCGCCAGCCACCGGAACCUGUCCCUGAAGCGGCCCCUCUCCGACGUCUCCCUCGCGCGGGCCAGCACCGACGCGACCGCUCGGCCCGAGGAGCCCCGGGGAACCCCGCCGCGCAAGGACAGCUUCCCCCACCGGUUGAGUAUCAGCCGGUCGUCGCGAUCGCCUAGUCUCAGCACCGGCGGGGCCGUCAUGGCCAUCGCCGGCCAGAUGGCCGCCAUCGGCGGCAAAGAUACCCUCAAGGCCGUCUCCCCCAAUUCCCCACCCCCCGGCCCGUGGUCAUCGAUCCGUGCCCGCACGCGGAGCCACAGCGAGCUGCCCUCGGCCCCCGGUCUGAUGGAUCUGAUGACCAGCCAUGGUGGACCCCCUGUGGGCGCCAUCGCCUACUCCCCACUCCAGCAACCCCCGCCGGCGCCCCGCGAGACGGGGCCCGACGCGGACGAGGACGAGGACGAGGAGAUGACGGACGACAAGGGACUGGUGAUGGAAUUGACCCCCCAGCCCCGCCUCCCGGUGCCGACCCUGGAGGGAUUCCGCGCGCAGAUCACCCACCUAAACCCCCGGCUCCCGCCGGUCUUGAUCGAGCGGUUCGCCGGGGAGCAGGUCCGCCGGUACCGGAAGCUGGUCGAGAGCAAAGCCACCCACGCUCAGGCGGUUCGCCAAACGCGGUGCGCCGCGGGUCGCCACUGCUUCGCCCUCGGUGGUGGGGCCACCAUGCUGGCGCCGCGGGCGGGAGCCUCCGAGGCCCCCGACGCCGCGCACACGCAGUUCCAGAUCUCCGGCCACGGCGGCGAGCCCGUGGAAGACCCCCAGAUGAUGGGGGACGGAGCUGUGACGGCGGCGCAGUUCCCCCUCGGCGUGCCCCUGCCGCCUGUGCCGCGGCUGCCGGCCGAGUUUGAGUGCCCCGUCUGCUUCAGCGUGAAGAAGUUCCAAAAACCAUCCGACUGGACAAAACACGUCCACGAGGACGUCCAGCCCUUUACUUGCACUUUCCCGCACUGCACCGAGCCCAAAUCAUUCAAGCGCAAGGCGGACUGGGUCCGCCACGAGAGCGAGCGGCACCGCCAGCUCGAGUGGUGGACGUGCGAGGUGCCGGACUGCCAGCACACCUGCUACCGGAAGGACAACUUCGUGCAGCACCUGGUCCGCGAGCACAAGAUGCCCGAGCCCAAGGUCAAGAAGACCAAGGGGCGGAAGGGAGCGGCGGCGGCAUCGCCCGCGGACGGACCGCGCGAGGGGGAGAUCGAGCAGCUCUGGAACCUGGUGGAGCGGUGCCGGCACGACACGCCGCGGCGGCCCAUGGACGAGCCGUGCCGAUUCUGCGGCAACGUCUGCAGCAGCUGGAAGAAGCUGACCGUGCAUUUGGCGAAGCACAUGGAGCAGAUCGCCAUGCCGGUGCUGCGGUUGGUGGACGAGCGCGACCUGUCCGGGGCGGGGCCGGUGGGGCAGCCCCACGACCGGUUCGCGCCGGCACUAGUCGGGGUCCCGACCACCACUCCUACUACCACGACGACCACCCCGACUGCCACCACGACGACCACCCCACUUCCUCCAUACCACCCCGACCCCCUGCCCAACCAUGGCCCCGACAACGGCCACGGGGGCGGGCCACACGCGGGAGGAUCGACGGCGGGGAUGAUGUCCCUGCAUCCUACGUACGUGGUUCCCCACAUGGCGACCCCGUCCGGCAGCCUGUUCUCCGCCGAACCGGGGACGAUGGACGCGUACGACGGGGUCGAGAGCGGCGGCCCCUUUGACGGUUCGGGGCCGCUGGCAGGGACGACGAUGCUGGAAUCGCCCGGGGGGUACGUCGCGUCUGUGCCGGGGGCGUCGGCGUCAUACCCGCCGCCGUUCAACGCGGGACCACGACCGCGGGCGUCACAAUCCGAGCUGGGGAUGUUACCCGAGACGUCGGAAUACACGACGCCUCCGUCCGACCUGCCGGGGGUGUGUGACCCACGUGCUGGUGCGACCUAUGUCUCGGAGCACGACCCGUCGCAUUAUGCUUAUCCGGGGGGGUUGGCAGGGGGGAUGGCAGGGGGGAUGACGUAUCCGCCAGCUACGGGGUAUUAA